UGGAUAUCAAAAAUGUAUUUAGUUUGAAAAGAAGAUUAGAUUAUUCAGUUGAUGAGGUCUUGUUUCAUUUUGUUCAAUCAUUUUAUAAUACGAAAAUCCGGCUACAAAAUUAAGACUAAAUGUGUCAUUGGAAUGUAUAGCCACGAACCAGAACUAAAUCUUAUUAAUACUUAAUUAAAAUGGAAAAUAAAUGUUAAUUUAAGCUGUGAUCUAAUGACCAAAGUAACUGGUACAUUGAUUGCGUAGAAAAUGUCAUCAAUUUCGUGAAAAUUUCGUACAUACAAAUAGAAGUGUUUUAACUUUAAUCAGAAAUAUGCGAUAUGCUGGAUUUAAAAAAAAAUCGCCAUCAUCCUGAUCAGUUUUUCAAAUUCAACAAUGGAAAGGAUACUUUACCAUAGGGAGCGGAAUUUGCGUUUGGAAGGGCUUUAGCUGGAGGAAAAGGGGGAUGCAGAAACAAUCACGAUUGAGAUAUUAUGGAUACUGAUUUAAUAUGCAAUUUUAAGAAAUGCAGAAAAAGAUUGAAUACAUUUGCCUGGGUGACUUCCUGUUCACAUAUUUUUUGUGAUGAGGAUGGAACAAAAGAAUUCAAUAAAUGCUACAAAUGUCCAGCAUGUGAAACUAGAUUAGCUACAAACCUUGAUAUUAUAAGAAUUGACUUGCAGCCAUCAGAGCAGUACAAAUCUAUGGUACUUGCUGGACAGAAGCCAGAGGUCAUUAUGGAGAUUUGUACCCGAGCUCUAUCCUUCUGGACCUACCAGGCUCAUCAAGAGAUGACGUACCAAGAACAUGUGACAGAAAAAGUGAAAGAUAAAUGUGCACAGCUAGAGCAGUAUUACGAACAGAUUGUCUCACAAACCCAAGCAGAAAUAGCAUCUUUAAAGAAGCUAUAUUCUGAUUCAAAGAAAAAUUUAGAUUCUAUAAGCAAGAAAUUCCAUGAAGUAUCCGAGAAGCUCAUACAGAAAAGCAGACAAUACCAGAAGUUACAGAGUAACUAUGAAUCCCUGAGAAGACGAAGUGUCUCGGCGUCAGUAUUUGAGGCUGGGGAUAGUGGUAAAGACGUACCAAAGAACUUUACAAUACCACUGUCAUCGGGAGAUGGCUUCCUACAAAAAGAGCAUAGCAGAAGUAGCAGUAGAUCAUCCUCGCCAGUUCAACGAAAAUUUGUAAUGUUCCCAAGAGCAACACCAGACCAUGCAAUACAAAAUAAAUUUACUCUGCCACUUGGCACGCCCACCAAAUAACUCUUGUGUGAAGCAGCAUUAUGAAGCUGAAGAAUAUCACGCGAGGAGAACAUGAUACGCACAUUUAUUUGAAAUAAGAGAAGAGCUAGUUUAUGUUGCCAUGAUGUUCAACGUUACAUAUAGACGACUUAAGUGUGACCAGACAUGUGAUCGAGUUUUGAAUAUUAAUUGUUUAUUUAAGUACACUAAAAGUAAAACUAUAAAUGAUC